AUGUCAUCUUUACGAGAAUUAUCACCAGUAUUAAUUAAAAUAGCUAAAGAAGAAUUAAAUGAAGUGCCAAAUCGUUUAAAAGAUGAUAUUAAAAAUUUAAAAAUUUGGGCUGAAAAACAAAAAAAUUUUAAAUCAAGAAUAUCAGAUCAAUUUUUAGUGGCAUUUUUACGUGGUUGUAAACAUAGUUUGGAGAGAUCAAAAGAAAAAUUAGAAAGAUAUUAUUUAUUAAAAGCAAAUUUAGAAGAACUCUAUACAAAUCGACGAUCCGAUGAUCCGAUUCUUUUAAAUAUUUUAAAGCAAGGGAUCGUUCUACCAUUAAUAAAACCACAUGGUGAAGGUGGUCCAAUUGUACAUAUAAUUAGACCAGGAAGUUAUGAUCCAAAUAAAAUAAAAUUUUCUGAUAUUAUAAAAGUUGGAACAAUUAUUGCUGAUAUAUAUUUAAUUGAAAAUGAUAAUGCUGUUGUAUCGGGUCUAAUUGAAGUUUUAGAUUUAGGAAAUGUUUCAGCACAACAUUUAUUUCAUAUUGAUGUUGCAUUUGUGAAAAAAUUUGCAACAUAUUAUGAAAAUGGUAUGCCAAUAAGACAAAAAGGAUUUUAUUUUAUAAAUACACCAACUGGCUUUGAAACUUUAUAUAAUAUUUUUAAACCUUUAAUAAGUUCUAAAAAUAAAGAUCGUGUUGUUAUAGCACAAGGUUCUAAAGAAAUUGCAUUACAUCCAUAUAUUUUAAAAGAUAUUUUACCGGAAGAAUAUGGUGGAAAUGGUGGAUCAGCAGAAGAUAUAAAUAAUUAUUGGAUAACAAAAUUUCUAGAAUAUAAAGAUUAUUUUAUUGAAGAAGAUUGUUAUGUUAUGGAAGAAAAAUUUAAAAAUAGUACAUUUGAAUCAUGCAAAAUGACUAAUUUCGGAAUUGAUGGAUCAUUUCGUAAAAUUGAAUUUGAUUAAUUAAAAACUAAUGAUUCUAUAUUAAAUCUAGAACUUAUUUAAUUAUUAAAUAUAAAUAUUAUUUUGUUGAUGCUCAUAUUAUGAGCGUUAACUACUUAUUAAAUAGUUUUAUAUCUAAAUUAUAAUUUAUUAAUUGAGAAUUCUUAAUUUUUUAAUAC